UCUGUCUCCUCCCCGCGCUGCAUCGAUGCACUUGUAGGCUAAACAGCUGUCUCACUUUGCUUUCUGCGUGUCUGACGAGGCGAGAACCCCGAAGGUACUGACACCUUCAUCAUCAUCAUCCUCCUCCUCUUCCACCUCGUCGUGGUGCCGCAGCAGCCAAAGCGGUGAGUGCGUCCUGCAGCAGCAGCAGCAACAACAGCAGCAGUAACGGCACCUGUCUAUUUUUUCCCAGGACAGGCUUUUUUUUCUUUUUUUUUCUUUUUUAACUGUCUUAGGAGUGAAAACAAGGUAGAAACACAGAACCGUAAAUGCCGAUGGCUCCAUGUGCAGACAUUUGCGCCGGUGAAAAUUAGGCAUCGAGCCCUUGAUGAAGCACGGUGACGCUGUGGGGAGCAUUUUUAGUGCAUCCCUUUGAAAACACACAGGCACACACACACAUGAAGAUAGCGAGGAGCCUUUUGGAUGCAAACACUUCCCAGGGGAUGAUGAGAGGCUUCCUGCUGACUGCAAUCUUUCUGUUGCCCUUGGUGGCUUCCGAGUCUGAGCACUGCGUAAUAAAGCGUGAACAUGAUAAAUGCAUGGAGAGGAUCGCAAUGCACAAAUCAGAUGGAGAAGAAUAUGCAUGUGAUUGGAUGUGGGACAAUCUUACCUGCUGGCAAGCGGCCAAUGUUGGGGAGGUUGUGGAGGUUAACUGUCCGGAGCUCCUUCAUGACUACACGGUCCCUGAAGAUGAAAUGGGGAAGGUCAGUCGUAACUGUACUGAGUAUGGAUGGUCAGAACCUUUUCCUCACUAUGCGGAAGUCUGUUUCUUCUAUGACAACACUACCAAACUUGAUCCAUACUACGCAUCAGUCAAAGCCCUCUACACAGUCGGCUACAGCACGUCGCUUGUGUCUCUGACCACAGCCAUGGUUAUUCUCUGCAGGUUCAGGAAGCUCCACUGCACCAGGAACUUUAUUCACAUGAAUCUGUUUGUGUCCUUCAUUUUGAGAGCCAUCUCAGUCUUCAUCAAGGACGGCGUGUUGUACGCUCAGGAAGACAGCGACCAUUGCUUCGUGGACACAGUGGCAUGUAAAGCAGUGAUGGUUUUCUUCCAUUACUGUGUCAUGUCCAACUAUUUCUGGCUGUUCAUUGAAGGUCUGUAUCUCUUCACUCUGCUGGUAGAGACUUUCUUUCCCGAGAGACGCUACUUCUACUGGUAUACCAUUGUUGGGUGGGGAACUCCCACAAUUUGUGUGACUGUUUGGGCUGUUCUGAGGCUCCAUUUUCAUGACACUGGAUGCUGGGAUACGAAUGAGAACACUGCCCUCUGGUGGGUGAUCAAAGGACCUGUGGUGGCAUCUAUAAUGAUCAAUUUCGUCCUCUUCAUUGGAAUAAUCGUGAUCCUGGUCCAGAAGCUGCAGUCGCCUGAUAUCGGAGGAAAUGAAUCGAGCAUUUACCUCAGCUGUGCUCAGAAAUGCUUCAGUGAGCCCACACAGGCUGUUCAGCAUUCGUGCAGGAUGUCAGAGUUAUCCACCAUCACACUGCGUCUGGCACGCUCCACCCUCCUGCUCAUCCCUCUCUUUGGUAUUCACUACACCGUGUUCGCCUUCUCGCCUGAAGAUGUCAGCAAGAGGGAGAGGCUUGUGUUUGAGCUGGGCCUUGGAUCCUUCCAGGGCUUUGUGGUAGCUGUCCUCUACUGUUUCCUCAAUGGAGAGUUUCUCCCUGAAGGUGCAAUCGGAGAUCAAGAGGAAAUGGCGCAGCUGGACGGUGAACCGGUACUUUGCUGUGGACCUGAAGCAGCAGAGGCAUCCUUCGUUGGCCAGCAGUGGAGUGAACGGCGGGACUCAACUGUCAAUCCUCAGCAAGAGCAGCUCGCAGAUACGCAUGUCGAGCCCGCUGGCGGAGAAUGCCAACAUCAGCCUCCCGACCUGAGCAUCUGAUUUGCUAGAAUCAACUUCAAGGUGCCGUUCCACUUAUCUACAUCAGACCAACCAGAGCAGACCAAAGUGGCCCCUCAAACCUCUUGCAUGUAGUUAAUUCACCUUUAGAAAAUGAAUCUUUCUGAAAACAUUUACUGGAGAUUUUAUGUCUUUAUAAUUUAAUAUUGAAGUAAUAUAUUUAAUUUAUCUCACUACCUUAGACUACUUUAGGUUGCAAUUUUUAUGAGUAAUGACUUUUUUGCAUAACUUAAAUUACAUUUUAUUGAUUUAAACUCUCUUUAUAUAAUAUUUCCCCCUUUUAUUGUUUUAUUUACAUUCAGAUAGGAGAUGGUGCCACAAGAGACACUACUAAAAUAAUAAUAAUAAUACAUUUUAAGAAAUAAAUAGCUUGAUAUAAAGUAUGGGGUCACAUUUGGCUGUUGGUGUAAAGUAAAUGUGCUUCAAAGUGCCACACUGGUUGCCUGACUGGAUUUCAUUACAGCCCAAAGUUAAUUAUCAACCAAACGUUCGCCUUGCUUGUAAAAAAAAUGCUCAUUGUUUAAAUGUUUUGUCUUGAAUUUAAACAUUUUCUACUUUCAGCCGUAAGUACAGAGUAUGUCAAAAUAUAACUUAUAUAUAAAGAAAAAAAAACAACUCAUGGAUUGUGUAAAUAGUGACUUUUAGUGUCUAGAUCAGAAUUUCUUUAUUUAGGAUAACGCAGUAUUGUUAUGACCUUUUCAAAUAAAAGGAACUGGAGCCCAGAUCUGUAGACUACAUCCCAUAUCCAGAGGACCCAGAAGAUCCUGCCCACUCUAGUCUGGACUAUUUUUUGUAUGAAAUGAAAAAUAAAAACACAUACAGUAUAUAUAAAAGAGAUGUGAACGAGCAGUGUUUCCCAACCUUGGGAAUCCCAAGAUUAGAUUGAAUUAGAGGGACUGUGAGAUGUUAGCCAUAAUGUGGACAUUAAUAUUGGUUUGUUUUUCCUUCUAGUUCCUCAUCUUGAUGCUUAAAAUAAGCAGCCUGUCCUCACAGAGUGUGAUGAUGGGUUGUGAGUUGACUUAAUUUUGUUUUAAGCGGUUACAGAUCAGAAAGGUUGGGAACCACUGACCUACUAUCUAAACCAACUAGAGCCUUUAGCUGCUCUACUAGUGGAGCUCGAGUCCCCUUUUCCCUUUUCAGACAGAUUUAUUUUGCCAACUGUGAACAUAAACAGUACAUGUGCCAUGUAGUGGAUGCUUUCACCCAAAGCUCUUCUUAGUGCCAUGAGUUUAAAUGUACAUCGUUUUAUUGUAGGGGAGAGAAUCCCACUGUCAACAUGCUCUUAAACAUAACAAAUUUCAUUGUGUCUUGAUCUCUUUCCUCCAAGCUUGAGACCAUUGUGCCAUAAUAAAUUGUUCCUACUCUAAUUUUAACCAUCCUACGCUCAUAUUCCAAAGUGCCUAGUCGGUCACAAAUAUCUAUCAUUUUUACAUUUUUACAGGUAAUCUAAAGGUGCAGCGAGUCAUUUCAAAGAAUGUACAGAGUGGUGGAUUUUGGUGUGGAUUGAAAAAAAUAUGCUUUUUUCCAUUGUGUGUCUCAAAACUUUAUUAGUGAAUUUCUCAUCAUUGUCAGUUUAUUAACUUACAUAUAGUGUAAAAAGAGUACUGCUGAGUAGUUUUCCAUAAUUUUUAUUUAUUUUAUUUAUCUCUUGGUUUACAACCAUGAUGAAUCUACAACACUCAUUUUAGCAGCAAUGUGAAACAUAAAUGGCUUCAAAACAAAAAGACAACAACAAGUGGUGUAACAGUCAACAUUAAAUGCUUUAAUGUGACAGCUCUUGACAAUCGCUGAAUUUUGCUCAUUUUUCUGUUUUGUUUGUGCAAAAAACAGGCUGAGAAACAAUAAUUGUACAAGUGGGAAAAUUAUUUAAUAGAAUAAAAUGUGAAAUGAUGUAAACAAAAAUUUUUUCACCAUAUUUAUUUUAUGUACCGUCAUAGUUGGAUUGUAAGAAUGUAGAAUCUUUGAGCAAUGAAUUGAUGACACUUUACAGACAAGGAUGUAUAUUUAUUUUCCAUGAAAUGGUGCCAUGUAAAGUGACUAUAUGUACAGUAUACAUGCUUUUUUUGUGCAUAAAACAUAGUUGUGGUUCUAAUGUAUGAUUUCAUUAUUUUGAGUGAUGUGGCGUUCUUGGUCUAAGUGCCAUAAAUGUAGUGUCAUAAGAAGUGAGAGUGGGAGACGCAUAGCCAAGUCUCUCACUCUAGAGAAAGACAAAAAACACAAGAAGCAGAUGCAACCUCUGAAAAGUAACAUUAUAUCAAAUGCAUCAUCUUUGCAGCUUGUGGACAGUAGAGUGAGGACAACAGACAGGGGACAUGAUUUUAUUCAAAUAGAUUUUUAGAGGUGGAACAACUGCAACAGACAAAACACAAAGUGUGUAAGAGAGUGUGACUUUAAACACAAACACUCUGCUGCUGCUUAAGUGUUUCUAUCACCAGCCGUCACUCUGAGUGUUAAACAGCUCAGAUGUAAACGACCAUGUCUCAAAGCUGUUACUGUAUGUGAAAAAAAGAAGAGUAAAAAUGACUCCUUGCUCAUUUCUGUGCUGUGUAUUUGUCUACCACAGGGUGGCAGUAAAAUGUUAAGGAGAGUGGAAAAAUUUGACAGGCACCGUUUUGCUCAUGUUUAGAAAUGUAGGAUAGGGGAUAGAGAUGCUUAUGUGCCAUAUUUUUAUUCUUUUUCUACAUCUGUUUUUGUGACAAGCCCAACAUUUUGAUGUCCAUACUAAAACUUAAAUUAACAUUGUUUUGUUUUUUCAAAGUAAAAAUAUGUGUUUUUUUAUCAUGCCAUAUCUCAAAUUCCUCCCCUUCACUUUAGUGAACUGUGAACUGUGUGAGUUUUUAACCAUACUGUGAGAUUAGAGGAAAUCUGGAGAAUUUGUUUUGAUUCUUAGCACUAGAAGAAAACUGAGAAUUAUAGCUUUUAGCUAAAUUUUGGCUAAAAGAGACCACACUGCUUUUCAUAAACCUCUUCUUGCAUUUAUUUUAGAAUUAUUAUAACAAACUAAUGUAUCAAAGAGAAACCCUGAUUUUUUUAAAAUAUUAUAUAUAGAGAUAUAUAAUAGCGUGAUAACACGCUUAUAUCUGUAUGCUAGAAAAAAAAGCUACAUCCAGUGAUUAGGGAAACAGCUAGCCUCUGAUCCUCAUUUAACUCCCUAUUUUAUACCCAGACCAAAAAUACAAUAUAUAUAUAAUUUAUGAAUAAUCCUAAAAGGCUGUUUCCCAUACCUAGUAGAAUUCUACUAGCUGGAAGUGACUUUUUACUAGAAGAGAAAUCCCCCCUUAGCUAAAUAAGCUACCUGGACAGCAAGCUAAUAUCUUGUCUUUUUGCCAGCAUUUUUAGCAUCAAUCUCAUUUAACUUUCUGCAAAAUUUAAAAAAAAAAAAAGUAAAUGAGUGUUUCUAAAACUGAUUUAAAAAAUAUUUUGACUGUAAUUAUUCUAUGUGGCAUAUCUCUGUGUUAAGAUGCUGUUACUUUGGCGGUUGUGCUUGUUGAGCCGGUUUUAUGACGUUUUGAGUGUCUGUUAAGUCUUGAUUGCCAAUGAAUUGAAUGUACCGUUGUCGCUCAGCUGCUCUUAAAUGUUGCCUGCUAUGAAUUUGCCAUAGUGUACAAAUGAUGUCUUUUCUUUAUCAUGUAUGCAUACUUUUGGCACACAGGUGGACCUCUUGACUAAGACCUGUAGUGUUUGUGGCUGUGAUUUUGUACAUUUCUUUAUGUACCAGUUUUCAGUGUGUGUGUGUGUGUGUGUGUGUGCGCGUGCGUCUGUGUUUGAAAGUUGGAGACUGUAAUCUGUAUGCAUGUGUAUGUAAUGACAAGCAUUUAAAUAUAUGUAAAUUCUCAGUUUAAUGAAGAAAAAAUAUCUAUGAACUUUCAUCAAAGUUAAGUUCUACCUGUGACAGUGUGCCAUGUGUAACAAGCGUUCUGGUGUCCAACAUUAAUGUCUCCAGUUGUGUAAAAUUGACUGCAAAAUAAACUUAUCGGUGGUAAGUUGUUGUAUUUGCAAAGAGUGUGAUUCAUUUUAAACUUUAUUCAAAGAUGGAAGAUUUACUUACAUUUACUAUCGGUGUAAGAAGUUUACAUACACAUGGGUGUGAAUGUCAUGGCAGUUUGGGGCUUUUAAUAAUUUCUUUGAAU